AUGUCGGUCCGGAUUCCCCUCGACCUACUGGUGGCCUGGCCCGUCAGUCCUGGAGGCGGUUCCCUGCCCGAGGAUGGCUCCAACCCGCCUCUGGAGCCUGUCAUCCCCAAUACUGGUCGGACUCUGGCUCAACUCAUCCUGGAUUUGCGUGGACACUUUGAAAACCCCGAUGAAGAGCCCGAGUCGCUCCGGCCUUUUUUGACUUCUUUGGCCAUUUUGGUGGCUGAUGGAUUAGCGGGUGCUUGUGAAACGGCCCGCAAUCCCCAUGCCACGGCUGUGAUGCUCGAAGCCUCGCGGGUCAUCAUUGAUUUUGUUCUCAAACAGAUCCAGACCCAAUUGAGUCAAGCCUUGACGGAGGGCUUCAGUUGGCGAGAUCUCUUGCAUCCUUUGUCGGCCUUAUGUUCCGGCUCGCCCUCGCUGAGUCGAAGCGAUCAAGGCUCAUUGGCCUAUCUGCUGAGUGCCUCACCCAUGCCCAUGGGCGUUCAGUUGGUCCAGAUGAGCGGAGUGAGUGCCGUUGAUUUGGAGGCGGGUGCCCUGGGAUCGGGCUUGCCGGCGGGCGAGCCUCAUUACCCGCAUCGACCCCAGACCGAUUUGACCUCGCUGCUUCUGGGUCAGUUAACGUCGCCGGUGGAAAAAGGAGCCUCCCUUCCGUCCAACGAGGCCGGAGAGGGUGAUUACGGCCCGCAAGGCCGAUCGUUGAAGCAUCAUUUCACGCGCAAGAACCUUCAGUACAUGCACCUGUGCCAAGCUGGCGAUGUGCUGAUCGAUUUAUGCGCUUCUCUACCCGAAUUGAGUAAGUAUUUGGCCAUGUGGAACGAGGCCACGUCCGGCGAUGGCGUGAGCUUGCCGGCCAGUCAGAGUGAAGCGUCCAUUCAUAAACGCAGUUUCCCGCAAUUGGCCUCGGAAAUCGGGAUUGCCUGGAAGGCCUUGACCAUUCCUUUGUUGGAGCCGUUGACUAAUCACCGCUUGCAACGGCUGUGCAAAACCGUGAUGGGCUGUUUGGUGGCCUCGGUCUCGGUGGCUACGACGCAAAGUAUCCUAAGUCUGAAUGCCAACGCCAACUUGAACACGGCGGCCAGUGCGCCGAAUACGGGUGGGCAUUUCGUCAAAGUGAGUCAUGCCAUCAAAGAAGAGGAUGUGGAUUGCUUAGCCGUUGAGCUCAUUGAAAACUCGCUGGAGUUAUUCAAUUCUGUCAUGGCCCUAAUUAGGGACUCGACCCGUGCGGGAGGACACAUCCUGCAGAAUUUCACCAUGAUGGGCGCGUGGAUUUUGUCCACGGGUCUCUUGGUUCAACUCACUAAUACCAGUCAAGCCAGCUUUGGAUCGUCCAUGGAGAAGAAGGACAAAGGUCGUGGGAUCAACUUGGCCAAAAGCCAGCAAGGGUUUGGGGUUCUCUCCGUGGCCUUGGGCUCACAGGCUUUAACCUUGAUGGCCUCUCUGUUAAGUGACCUCAUGUCAGAAGUGGGCUCUCCAGACAUUGAUCCUGAAGAAGGAGCCGGCAAUAAAAUCGAACCCGCCACAUUUGACCUUUUCCAUCCGUUCACCGCUACCCAGAGAGUAGCCUUGGUCUUCAAAUCCGUGCCAUUCCUCUCCCUGAUGUUCAACGUGGCUACCAUCAGCUAUCGAAAGUCGUGCCUGUUCAAGCACGGUUUGAACAAGACAAAAUCGUCAAGGAGAUCUGGCAAGAGUAAAAAGGACAUGGAUCUCCGCACUACAACCAUGGAUGACAUUGAGGAUGAUUCCGACGACGACCAAUAUCAUUCGAGCAAUGAAGAUGACGACGAUGACGACGACAGCGAGCCAUUGUUGGGCAAAUGGAUCGCGGAAACCAUCAGCAACCAAGAAGAUCCGCCUUUAACCGCCAAAGAAGCCAUGGAUCAAGAUGAGAAGGACGUGAACGAGAAGGAAAUGGUCGAAAGUGGAUCAGGGAACAUGCUCGUUCCAGAUCGUGGGGAGCCCACAGGGUUCAUAUCUCUCGCCUCUCAUGUGUUUUUGUUCAUGAACAAGCAUAUGCUGACUGUGGGUUCGGAAUUUGUCAAGUCCUACAUCCACGCCAAUGUGAGUGAAGCUCAAUUGGCCUUACUGGCAACGAUCAUUCGAGACCUUGAUAAAGAGAUUGUCAACUCAUCGUCUAUGGAAUACCAUCUUAGUUCUCUCUACUCAGAGUUCUCGACCACGCUGUCGAGCCUGUGCCACAAUCUCUUGGCUUGCGGAUACUUGAAUGAACACUUGCAAAAGUCGCUGCUGAACCAAUUGAAUGUGUCCCCGUGGAACAUGAGCUCGUCCUGGCCGUUGAAAGUUCUCCCCAGGACCCUGUCCAUCCUGGCUCAAACACUUUUGAUACGACAAAACAACGAAAGUGGUCUGUAUGCGGCCAAGCACACGCAUCUCUAUAUUAUUGUUUGGGAGAAGACCCUCGGUUCGUUGACUGAGCGUGUGACCCGACCCGUGCAGGAGGAUCCACUGGACGAUCUGAAUGUGGAACACGCCCAGUUCUUGCUCUUCUUGUUCCACGCCCUCACUUUGAUGCAGAAGAAGCAAGUCUUGCUUCUCACCGCUCGAUCCAUCGUCAAGUCCUCGAGUGUGGUGAACACGGAGGAGAUCUUGCAGGUAUCUCAACUUCGCCAUCUCUCUCGAUUGAUCCUCCUUCUGGACUAUCUGAUGAGAAACCUGUACGAACCUCCUAAGGAUCUCAUGGAACAAGUGCAGUGCAACAUCUUCAAACGCUAUCAGAACACGAGCAUCCUUCAGUGUCCCCCCAAAUACUACCAUUUCCAAGACAUUGAAAAAUCUUUCCUGGAUCGCGAUGAGUCGUCGGAUGACGAGAUCUACAAGCAGAAUCCGAUAUUCUACAACCUCCUGCCGACCAAAGAUCUCCACACCUCGGGAGAUAUUCCAAAAUUGGAUGGAUUGGCGUGCAGUUUCCUCUUGGGAACCACGGAUAUGCUGCCGUAUCACAGCAUGUACGAUAGCCUUAUUCGAAUCCUCCAGGUCCUAUUCCAAGCUGACCUUCGCUCCGACUCCAAGACCAACCAGGAAGCUUUACUAGCGACCCACUACUGUUUUCAAUUGACUUGGCGAGUCCUCCAAUCUUUGCCCCCGUCAACGGAAUUUCUUCAAAGUCUCAUGUCCCCGGAUCAGAGCCGAAAUAUGCCUAAAAGUAGCUUGAUCCAUGCCCUGUUGGUUUGUCCACGUACUCAACACAAGAAUCUUGGUCCGUGGAUCCGAGAUUCAUUGGUGAAACAAGGCGUCAUGAACACGGAGGCCGAGACCUUGAUCAAGGCCAUUUCCACCACCAUCAACCGAGUCUCGCAUGACAUCAAGGUGCUCCAGACGUUUCUCGAAGAGCUCCAAUCCCGAUCCAAAACCGACGAGACACCCAAAUUCAUGGAUCUGAUCUUGUUGGAUGUGAUCGUGGCUAAGAUUCACAUCAGUCUAGAUAAGAUGAUCCAAAGCAAGAAAUCUAGCCAGACCGAGCUGAACAAGAAUCAAGCAGAGAUCUUCACCAGUCUAUGCCCGAUUCUGAUCGAGUUGUUGAACAAGUUCAUGACCUAUUCCAAGUCCACUAUUUUGAAUGGGAUGCAAACACCCAUGGAAAGCGUCACACGGUCAGCCUUGAUGAAAUGUCUCUCCGUGUCCGGGAACAAGUGUCCCAUGACCCAUCGAUUUGCCGCAGCUUUGCGUGUCUUUUAUCCCCAAGAUCUUUGGCAGAGCUUGAAGGAAUGGAGUGACGCGUCUCUUGGGGCAUUUCCGCCCAAUUCCACGUGGAACAGUUUAUCAGCGGGAUCGGCGGAUCUCUCGCCCUAUGAUCCGUACAUUCAUCAGACCCUCAAGACCCACAUGAGCACGUUGUCCUCCAUGCCCGAUGAUUGCAAGCAUGUCAUGUCGCUGAAACACGGCGUGGACAGCUUGGUGCGUUUGUACUUGUUUUGUCAGGAAAUGCCCAACAUGCAACGCGAUUUGGCCCCUCGAUUGUUCCCCGUUUUGUUGGACAUCUCGACGGAGAACUUGGCCGAAUGCACCUCGUUGGCCUUGGAAGGCUUCCUCGAGGAGCAGAAUAACUUGACCUCGUUGGUGUACCAAACGGUCUUGGGCAACGUUUUCGAGGUUCUCAUGAACGCUGGCCAUGUUCAAACCCAGUGUGUGGGUGAGAGAAUCCUCCAGGAGAUUGUCAAGUUCCUGGAUGACAUGUUAGAAGAUCCAAUUGGCAGAAAAGUUCUGGUGGAUUUCUUGGCUGAAAAGCCUGAAUUUGAGCUGGUCCAGAUCAUGCUCAGCAUUGGAUCUCCUCAUUUGUCGCCCGAGUUCACCUCGAAAGUGCUGAAACUCUUUAAUAGUCUGUUCGAACACGCCGAUAAGAAUCCGUCGGAUCCACAGAUUGAGACGCUAUGCUCCUCCUUGGCCAGAUUGGCCCAAAUCCCCACCUCUCGUUUGGAGUCUUGGCUCGGACAUCUCGUUGGGGGUUCGUCCGCACAGAUCACCGAAAACCGCCACGUUGAUGCCAUCCACGAAAAUCGGAUCUUGUUGCAAUCCUUGAGCAAAUUCUUCGUCAAGGAUAACACUCCCAUUCCAGAGGAUGUAUCCCUGACGAUCUUGAAAUGCCUCCUCCCCAUGGCCCAACUCUUACUCUUGCCUGACCAUCCGGGUUUUGGCUUCACGGAUCUGAUGUCAGUCAUGGCUACUCUGGCCAAUGCUGGAUCCGGCAUUGGACAUGUUCAAUUGUUCGAGGCCACUCUGGAUUGGAUGGUGGGAGUGAAGAAGCGAUUAGUAAUUAGACAAAGGGAAAAGACCGAUUCGUGUUCAGUCAGUGAUGAGAAGGACUGGGAUUGGGAAUCUCCUCUUCAUUCCGGUGAGAACGCAUCCGAUAUGAAAGAGCGACUUCAGAUGCUCCUUGUCACCAAUGCUACUCAGAUUUUGAGCUACGCUGCCAAUAUCGUCGAAGCUUUGAUCCUGGUAGUGGAUCAUGAAAGUGGAACUGCUUCGUCCACAGCGGUGCGAUCCACGUCACCGUUUGAUGGCGAAUCUCAAAUGGAGAAUGACAGCGAUUGGAUGGACGAUCUCCCAGAUGACGAGGACUCUGGAGAGGAGGAUUCCGAUGAUGAAAGUCUGUGCAAUAAGCUCUGCACCUUCACCGACACCCAAAAACAAUUUGUUCAACAGCAUUGGUACCAUUGCCACACUUGCAAGAUGGUCGACGGCAUUGGAGUGUGCUCGAUUUGCGCCAAAGUGUGUCAUGCGGAUCACGAUGUGACUUAUUCCAAAUGCGGAUCUUUCUUUUGCGAUUGUGGCGCCAAAGAGGACGAAUCGUGCACGGCUUUAUCACGCCGCGAUCUCCAAACCCAAACGCGUCGGCGAUCCGAUGAUCGUAACAAAACCUCCAUGAUUGAAGUGCCUCCAUCGCUGACGAGUGCUCUUCGACGACGAGAAGGAGAUACCUCCACCUCACGAUUCGAUUCCGACAUCUCGUCCAAUUCGAGCAAAAAGCGAGAUGAUGAUCCUACCCUGAAAGAGAGGAGGGCCUUGGCCGAGAAACUGGCUCCUUGGAAAGAGUCACUUUUGCGUAAGCUUCAGGAAGCCAACAUGCUUCAGGAGCUCUUGGACAUCAUCCAAAACCUGUACCCCGUUUUGGACGAGGAAUCCGAAAAGUAUUCCACCAUUGGACAAUUGGCUAAAACUCAAAAGUCUUUGGAGCUCCUCUACCAAGGUAAACAAAGCAUAGAUACGACCGAAUCGAUCAUGUUGCCCACCCUUGGAUCACAAGAGGGGGCGUUUGAAAAUGUCCGCAUGAACUUCACCGGCGAUCAAGGUAACUUCAUCCGACAACUCAUGACUGGUCACAUGAUUCGACGCGUUGUCAUGAGUUGUAUGUCCUCUGGACUCCACGAACGUCGACAAUAUCUGGUCGUGUCGCAUGAGAAGGGCAAGAUCGUGAUUCUCCAACUCGCCGCUUUACUCAAGCAAUCGGAUUCCUCUCAGAAGAAGCUCACCUUGACGCGAUUGAGUUCAGCGCCAAUUCCAUUCACGGUCUUGGCCACCGUGAGCAAUCCCAUUAAUGAAGACUAUUUAGCCGUGACCGGUCUCAAGGACUGUCACGUGCUCACGCUGAACCUGUCUGGCUCUGUGACCGAUCAUUUGGUGCUCCACCCGCAGUUGGAUGCCAAUAACUUCAUCAUCAAGCCCAUUUGGAUGCCCGGAUCCCAAACGGAGUUGGCUCUGGUCACCGCCGACUUUGUCAAGAUCUAUAACCUCGGCAAAGAUGCUCUCAGUCCGGAGUACUUCUUCCUCAUGCCUUGUGGCAAGAUCCGAGAUGCCACCUUGGCCUUCAUGGACGACGGAACCAGAUACAUCUUGAUCAUGUCCUCGGUGGGGUACAUCUACUAUCAAGCCCUCUCCGACGAGUCUCUGGCACAAAACGGCUCGUUUUACGUGACCAGCAUCUUGGAAAUGAACCAUCCCGAACUGGCAGACUCAUCACCCAUUCUUCUCGGUGGGGGCGUGUCCAUCUACUUCUCUCACACCCUCCGCAGUCUGUUCUUCAGUUACGUUCAGGGCAAGAGUUUCAUGGCGCCUCUCCGCAAUAUCGGGGAUCGAGCCGUGGACAAUGUGUUCAAACUGUCCGAGUCCAAGUCCGGCUCAGGCAAGAAUAUGUCCUCGCAAGUCUUAUGUCAAUGGGGCGAAGUGCCCAAUCACCCCGGUUUGGUGACGGCAUUCUACCAGAGCACCAACAACCCAGUGCUCAUCAUGGUGCGACCCGAUGUCAUCAGUGUGCAAGAGAUCAAGGCCAGCACCAAGUCGAAGAUCGUGGACAUGGUCGUGGUGCGACAUUUCGCGUCCACCCAUCAACCCCGUACCACCAUGAUCCUGUUGUGUGAAGAUGGCAGUCUGAAGCUGUACAUGGCCAACGAAGAGUUCACCAAUUUCUGGAUGGACCAACGUAUUCACCCUAUGAGUGCCUUGAGCCUGAGCAAGCCACCGAGGAAGAAGAAACUGCCGAAGAUCCAUCGCUCCGCCAAUUCCUUGUCGUUUCCAGUGGAUUUCUUCGAGAACUGCGCGCAAAUCAACGAUGUUGAAUUUGGAGGCGUGGACGUGCUUCAAGUCUACAAUGUGGCUCAAUUAAAGCACCGUUUGAACACCUCAGGCUUGUACAUAGCUAAUACCAAACCGAAUGGCUUCAACUUGGAGGUGACCAAUAACGAUCCCAAUCAAGUGAUUGUCGGCGUGAGAGUGAUGAUUGGAUCGCAGGACCUCAACAAGACACCCAGCUUUUUCGAGGUGUUUGGUCGCAGAAUGAAGACCACACCCCUAAGUCAACAACGGUGGUUCGAUUUCCCUCUCUCCCGGGAAGAGAGCUUGCAAGCCGAUAAGAAGAUCACCAUUUUCUUCGGCUCGCUUUUGGAUGUGAGUGGCGUCACAAUCGUGGAUUCCGUCCAGGUUUAUGGCAAGACCAAAGAGGCCUUUGGUUGGCCGGAAGAUCAGGAUGAGACCGGAGUUGGUCCAGCCAGUGCAGGCCUCCACCCACCCAUUACGGAAUACCAAGACCCGCAACAAACGUCGCCGGCCAGUCCGUGGGAAAAUUUAAUUGUCGGCUGUUUGACGAUCGUGGACGGUUACUUUCAUUUGAACGCCUCAAUGCCAAAUUGCCAGAGGUCUUUCGAUACCGACGAGACUCAGACGUGCUCUGAUGGCGAAGAAGACGACAGGGCAACCAAUCCAAGCAACCAAUUGGGCGAAGAUCGGGAUAAAGCCUCCAAGGAAGAGGCCCAGUCCCUCUGUGAUCGACUCAUCACCUUGUCCACGGCUAAAAAGAUCGAGGACCUCGCCAGGUCCAUUAUGUCGUCCUUGUUCACGAACAAGCAAAUGUUCCAUUGUCAUAAGGAUCAGGUUCUGUUGGAGUUUAUCACCAAGGAUUGCUUUCACGAUCAGGAAUUCCAAGAUGUCGAGAAAUUCCACCGACUGAUCUUGACCAUUAGAAGUGUGACCCUUUCACGACCGCAGAACUUGGUCAAAUUCGCCGACACCCAUAACAUCACGGAGAUCGAGACGAGAGCCACGGGUCAGCCAAACGUAGAGCGCCAAAAGUUUAUGUCCAAGCUGAUCGAUUGGUUCUGGCAUUUGUUGGAUUGUCGUCCCGUCAAUGCCUUGACUGGGUCCCUAGGGCAGCCCGGUCUUUCCCAUGUCGAGGCCACGGUUCAGGCCUUGGUGGAGAUCCUCCAUGGCUUCACCACCAAAGAUUUUGACUCUGUCCCUUUUCUGUCUGGCAUUUACGCCAAGUUUUUGAUGGCUGAGAACGCCCAAGUGAGUUUCUCGGCCAAACAGGCCUUGAUCCGGGUGCUACGGCCCAAAAUCCGACGGCGCAAGGUGGUCAUUCCAACUCCGCCCACUUGUGGAUCGCCAAAUCCACCCCAGCCCGGAGUGGCUCCACCCCUGCCCCCGCCUCCACCCGCCAUGCCGGCUCAACAUCCCGAGGACGAGCUUCAAUUUCACGAUGCUUUUGGACAGAACCCCGAGGAUGCCGAUCAUCAUGCGCUCAACCUAGGACCCGGCGGGAUCCCUUUGGGCGGGAUCGCUGGAAAUCUGGAUGCCCUCCUACCUCGUUUGGGCGCCGCUGGCCACCUUCAUAACGUGUUGGACGCCAUUGGUGGGGAUGUGGAUGACGAGGCUAUGGUGGAAUUAGCGAUUGCCUUAAGCCUUCAAGAGCAACAAGGCGACGUGGACAUGGAUGACAACCUCCAGCACGGUUUCCGAGGACUGCAACAAGGCCUGGAACAACUGGCCAAUCUCGAUCAAGACCUGCAAGGUCUCCCUGCUCUUCAAGGCCUAGCUGGUCUGCUAGGUGGCAAUCUCGGCGGCAAUCUGGCCAACCUCCAGCAUCACGAAGGCCAUGGGGCGGGUCAGAACCGACACCAACAGCCUGAGGCGGCUCUGGACCGAGCUGGAGCCGGGGGCCAGGACCCGAAUCAUUUCUCGGAUGCCACCUACUCAGUCGCUAGUGAUGACGAAGGAUCCGCCAUGGACGGUAACGAUGACAACGCCUUGCAGACGCCACCUGUGGAACGUGACCAAGAGGCAUCCGGUGGGGGCUCCGAAUCCGGUGGGAGUGUCAUUGAGAGUUUGGCUGGAGAAUCUCAGACCUCGGCGCGAUUUGGCUCGGAUGUGGCUAUGCCCAAUGAGACCAACGCCCAGACCCUCCAGACCCUUCAGGAGGAGGAUUCCGAAUGGGAAAGGAACAAUGCUCGACUCCAUUCUCUCCGCUUGAUCAUCUUGGAUCAACUUUUGAAGAGUGUUCCCGAACUCCGAGAACUGGGUGGCAUCAGAAGUAUUCCGUUCAUGCAAGUCUUGCUGAUGCUCACCACGGAUCUGAACGCCAAAAGCGACGAGGAUCGGGAGAUUUUGGACAAAUUGCUCCAAGUCUUGUCCAAUGAACUACAAAUGGAACAAAAGUGGACCGAAGAGGGUGGAACUGCCACACGUACUCCAAGACGAGAAUUGCAAUUGGUCAUCAUGCGCCUCUUCAGUGUGCUCAUGUCUCGCUCCAAGUCGUGGCAAGGGGGUAAUAGGUCUGCGAACGCGUCUGACUCAACAAAUCCAAAUUUUGUCUCUCACAGUACGGCUGCAGCCUUGCGAUCCGCUGGAUGCAUCGACCACAAUCUCUUGAUAUUGAGACACUUGCUGGAAUUCUGGAAGAGCAAAGCCAUUGAAGAUGGCAGCAUGAAAGUGGGAGGCAGUCUUCUGAAAGCCCAAACUUUGGCCACUCCUCCGGAUAUGUCUCCGUUCUUCUUAAAACAGUACGUGAAGGGGCACGCUCAUGAUAUCCUGGAGGCGUAUCCCCAACUCCUCACCGAGAUGGCGCUGAGAUUGCCGUAUCAAAUCAAGAAAAUAGAAGACUCGCAGAGUGAGAAAUCCGCUCUGGUUUUUGACAGUCAAUGGCAUCACAUUCUGUGCGAAUACAUGAUGACUCAACAGACCCCUUUUGUGCGACGUCAAGUGCGGAAAUUGCUGCUCUACAUCUGCGGCACCAAAGAGAAAUACCGCGAGCUCCGAGAUGUUCAUUCCCUGGAGUCCCAUAUGAAAGCCAUCCAAAAGAUCAUAUCCCAGGAUGUAGCCGAGAAAACCUCCCACAAGCACGUGCGAUCGGUCAUGAACUUUUCGUACGAUAUCCUCCUCCAAUUGAUCGAACACUUCAAGGCAUGUGUGGACAUCAGUGCCACACGAACCCAGAAUUGGCAGCGAUUCUGUCUACAGAACCCGUCAGUUCUGAAAUUCUUGUUCCAAAUCAGCUUCAUCCUCGACGAUGGCGUCAACCCGAUCGUGCUUCAGUUGCUCCAAAACGCCCUCUGUCUACCCAAAGUCAACCCGUCUCCUCCCAUUCCCGUGAAUAUUCCCAAUGCUGCUCAACGUCGUUUGAUCCGAGGCGCUCCCCGAUUCAGGAUUACUCGCGAUCCAGUUCCAGUGGCCGAAGAUAAAGCCCGAUCUGAAGAGCCCGAUGAAGUGGUGGUGGAAAACAAGGCCGACCGAGCCCUGGCCGUGGAAUUGGUGGCCCAAGUCAACCAGGUCCUCCAACGGAAUCUUUUGGCUAAAUUCGUCGAGAAGUUCCUACUGGAGUGCAACGCCUCCUCGGUUCGUUGGCAAGCCCAUGCCCUGAUUGUGACCCUGCAAGGGAACUCAAGCCUAAACGAGCAGCAGGAAGUGGUGGACAUCUUCUGGCAAUUGUGGAACCAAUCCCCCGAGCACGGCCACAAGGCAGCCCAAUUCGUGGAUCUACUGGGUUACUUCUCCAUGAAGACAUUGACCGACGAGACGAAAGUGCGCGCUUACAUCGACGAGGCCGUCCAUAUUUUGAAGACCCAGAACCAGAUCUUGGCCAACCAUCCGAACUCGAACAUCUACAAUUCCUUGAGUCGAUUGGUGGACUUUAGCGGAUACUACUUGGAGAGUGAUCCCUGUUUGGUUUGCAAUAGUCCCGACGUUCCUUACGCCAUGUUGAAGCUGUCGUCGUUGAAAGUGGAUACCAAGUACACAACCACCACUCAUAUCGUGAAGUUGUCCUCCAGCUUGUCCAUCAGCAAAAUUGCUCUCCGAAUCGGCGACUUGAAGCGACAGAAGAUGGUUCGAACCAUCAACAUCUACUACAACAACCGGAGCGUCCAGGCCGUGGUCGAAUUGAAAAACAAGCCCACCAUUUGGAACCGGGCCAAGAAGGUGUCCUUAACCGCUGGCCAAACGGAUAUCAAGAUCGAAUUUCCUCUGCCCAUCGUGGCGUGCAAUCUCAUGGUGGAGUAUGCCGACUUCUAUGAGAACAUCCAAGCCUCGUCCGAGACACUCCAAUGUCCCCGAUGCUCAGCCUCGGUCCCGGCCAAUCCCGGAGUGUGCUCCAAUUGCGGCGAGAAUGUGUUCCAAUGUCACAAGUGUCGCAGUAUCAACUACGAUGAGAAGGACCCGUUCCUCUGCAAUGCCUGCGGCUUCUGCAAAUACGCCAAGUUCGAGUACACUCUCACGUGUCGGCCGUGUUGUGCCGUGGACCCAAUUGAGAAUGAGGAGGAUCGGAAGAAAGCCAUCUCCGGGAUCAACACCCAGUUGGACAAGGCCGACAAGACUUACAAGCAAUUGAUUGCCAAUAAACCCAACCUCGAGACCCUGCUCUUGAAGGUGUCUGAGUGCUGUUUUGACGAUCCAAUGGGGGGAAGCUCGAUGGCCACGGUUGGUGGUCUGUCUGGGGGAAGUUCUAACGUGAACCCCUACAUUCAACAAUUGGCCCAGAAAUACUCGGGCGAGUGCAAGACCCUCUUCGAAGACCUUAGCAAGACCAUUCAGAAGGUCAUGGCCACCAGGAAAGAGCUCUUGGCGUACGAUGGAGGGCGUCGUCACGGCAACAAGGCCAAGGAAACCACUUGCAACCGAGAUCUGUUGGUUAGUUCAGGCAAAUGCUACGGAUGCGCCGCAGCCUCGGUGGAGCAUUGCCUGACUUUAUUGCGAGCUUUGGCCCAUCAACCCAAGAUUCGACAUGUCCUCUAUGAAAAGGGUCUGAUUGAAGAACUGUUGGAGUACAACCUUCGACGAGGAUCCGUGCCACUUCAAACGGAGGUGAGGAAACUGAUCACCUACUUGACCAAGGACAAUUUUGCCGCCACUGAGCAUCUCAACUUGCUCUUGUUCAACAAAGUCAAGCUAAUCCUGGCCGGGACUCGAACAUAUACCGACCUGGUGGAAUCAUUGAGACAUGAAAUGUCGCUACUAGCAUAUACCAUUCAAAAGGAGGAUCAAUGUUGGGAGGAGAGGUUGCGAUGCGUCAUGCGGAUCUUCCUCUUGACAACGGAGUACGAAAAAUCGUCGCCAAUUGUCAUGGAGUGCGUCACGUUUCCGUGCUUAAAGAUCCUGCAGAGUCUGGUCAGACCCGUGGUCAAAUUCCGACGAGGCAAGGAGAACAAAUUGAAUGACCCCAGCUCCUGCCCAUUGGAGGGCUAUGAUUCCGUGGCCAUUGAUGUGCACAAAUGGAUGGAUAAAGAUCCUGAGCAAUCGUUCCAAGUUUGGGAGAAGACUUGCGUCAAGCCCAAAUUCGCCGGACCUCUUCCGGUUCCCAACAAGAACAACGAGGACAACAGUAACGAGUUGUACUUGAGGCAAAAGUACUUUCGGCGAUGGCACGAGAGGACGUUCCGGAAGAACGCUGUCCCCUUGCAGAUCCUACCCUCCUCGUGGUUGAAACGGGUUCUCUUCAACCCAACUUCAGGCUCGGCCCGAGAAGUAGCUUGCCAUUUGGUGGACAACUUCUGUCACGUUCACGAGCGGAAGAGAGACAUCUUGGACCUCCUCACGACUUAUCUGGAUGACUUGGGCCAAGCCGGUGAGUUUGGUGCCGACUUCGCCGCCCUCUAUCAACGCCUCAUCACCACUGAUCAGUGGAAAUAUUACUUGGCCAUACGAGGCACUUUGUCCAAGAUCGCUGAUCUCAUGAUGAAGGAGAUCGAGAAGCUCAAUCGACAAGAAGAGACCACUUUGAGCACGGAUUUGGCUCAAGGAUUCGCACUCAAGACCUUCAGCAACAUCUUGUCCAUGUUCGUGGCGGUGGAUCGAAUCAAAGGGGCUUACAAAGGCCGAUUGAUCUCGACAGUUCUUCAUGGAUACCUCCUCCUCAGACGACUUGUGGUUCAACGUACUAAACUGGUGGACCAAACACAAGAGAGGCUUCUGGAGCUCUUGGAGGACAUGACAUCGGGCACUGUGGAAGAGACGAAAAGUUUCAUGGCCGUGUGUGUGCAAACCAUUCGGAAGUACCCCAAAGAUGAUCAAUUGACGCCCAUUUUCAUCUUCGAACGCCUCUGCAACAUCAUCUUCCCCGAAGAAACCGACACUGGCGAGUUUUUCAUGACUCUCGAAAAAGAUCCACAACAAGAGGAUUUCCUCCAGGGCCGAAUGGUGGGCAAUCCGUACAGUAGCAACGACUCUGAUUUGGGCCCGUUGAUGCGUGAGAUCAAGAACAAAAUCUGCCGCGAUUGCGAGCUCGUCGCUCUCCUUGAAGAUGACAAUGGCAUGGAGCUCCUAGUCAACAACAAAAUCAUCUCCCUGGAUCUCCCAGUGAAGGAUGUCUAUCAAAAGGUCUGGUUGGCCGAGGAUGUGCACGAUGGGGCGGGUGAGCCCAUGAGGAUCGUCUACCGAAUGCGAGGUUUGUUGGGCGAUGCCACCGAAGAGUUCAUCGAGAGCCUCGAGAGCAAGGACCGGGAAGAUCAGGAUGAGGAGGAUGUGUAUAAAUUGGCCAAUGUGAUGGCCGAUUGUCAGGGACUUGAAGUCAUUCUCGAGCGGUUGGAGAGUGUGAAGGAUGCACAGUACUCGAAGCAACUCCUAGCUGUGUUACUCAAGCUCUUGGGUCAUUGCAUCAAGGUAAAAAAGAACAGAAGUAAAUUAUUGGAUCCCUCGCUGAAGACCAUUCCCAUCCUCCUGGGAAGUCUGGAGUUGUGCCUUGCCUCCGGAGAGACUCCCUCUGCUACAUCAAGCGUAAGCUCUUCCUCCUCGGGUCCCUCGCUGAGCGAGCAAGUGCUCGAGAUCAUGGAGAAACUCUUGGUCGAAGCCGCGGCCAAUGACGAUUGCAUCCAAGCCUACGUCCAAUUCGCCUCCAAUGGGGUCGAACCCAAGACCAUGGAUACGCUCUUGGAACAAGCCAUUCGACUCAAAUCCGGCACGAACCUUCAUCAAAGUCUCAUGCGAGUCUUGCCAUUCCUGGCGUACGGACACGACGACAAAAUGGCCUUGAUAGUGCGCCAUUUUGCUGACGUCAUGAACCUGGACCGAUUCGACAACGAACACACCAUCGAGGACGAGUCCAAGAUGGAGGCCUUUGUCGUCAUGUGCGACGGGAUCGAGCGUAACAAGAUCGGCAACACCAUGAAAGAUCAAAUGAUCAGUCUCGACAUCCUAGGCAAGUGUAUCACCUACAUCAAGACACAUGCUCCUCCGCUGGCCUCGGUCAUGACCAAGAACGAGAAUCCCUUGUGGAAGGAGUUUGUGACCCGACCGAGCCUGAAAUUUAUCUUGAGGGCCAUGGCAGGCUUAGCCGUGGAGCACGAACCUUCUCAGAUGCUGAUCGCAGACAACUCCAUCCCAGUUUUGCAUCAAAUGGAACAAGUCUCAUCUGAUGAGCACGUGGGAUCGUUGGCCGAAGCCGUCCUGGAAGCUCUUGGAGGUUGCGAUCAAGCCCAGGACAAGGUGAAGGCUGUGCGCCAACAGACCAAGGCCGAGAAGAAGAAAUUGGCCAUGGCCAUGCGUGCCAAGCAGCUAAAGGCCAUCGGUCUCAAGACCAACGAUAUGGGUCAAGUGAAAGCGGACAGUAGCUUGCUGCAGCAAUUCGGACUAGCCGAAGAGUCCGGACUGAGUUGUAACAUCUGCCGAGAAGGCUACAAAUACCAGCCCAACAAGGUUCUGGCCAUCUACACUUUCACGGUCCCGUGUCCCGUGGAGGAGUUUGAGUAUCUACCCAGGAAGACCAUGGGUUACUCGACAGUGACCCACUUCAAUCUGGUCCACGUGGAAUGUCACACGGCCGCUGUGCGCCAAGUCCGAAGUCGAGACGAAUGGGAGUCGGCCUUGUUACAAAAUGCCAAUACCAAGUGCAAUGGUCUUCUUCCUCUGUGGGGACCUAAUGUGGCCGAAUCAGCCUUUGCCACUUGGUUAGCUCGGCACAACACCUAUUUGUCGGAAGCCACACACAACCAACGGGACAUUGGCUAUCAAUCCACCACGCAUGAUCUGAAGUUGCUUCUUCUCCGAUUUGCCGAGGAUCGAAGCUUCUCCGAAGAGUCCGGCGGAGGUGGACCCCAAAGUAAUAUGCACCUGGUCCCCUAUUUGAUUCACAUGGCUCUGUAUGUGUUGAACACCACCCGAUCCUUACCUCGUGAGGACAAGAACUUAAAGGCGUUCCUGGAUUUGCCCAAAGAGAAAUGGCUGGAGAACGCCUACGUGGCUGAAGGGCCACUCUACUACGCCACACUUUGUCUCGUGAUGGUCUCGCCCAAGCGUUGGUCCUCAAUUCGGAUCAAGAUCCUGCAGAGAUUGCUUCUCACGGCUCAUGUCAGAUCGAUCCAUCCCCGACCCCCGAAAACUAUGACGGCCGAAGAACGUUCCAUCAAGGACUACGCCGUUUACAAGAAGAUCAUCCUGUUCUUUGCCCUCAUUGAUCAGUUCUUCUCGAAUGUUUUCAGUGGAAGCAUUUCUCGGAGGACCUCGAGCGAGUCGGAUUGGCCCACUCAAUUGGCCGAAUGGAUUCGGAAGAACGACGACGCUCUUCUAAAAGCCACCACUCGGGUCUUGUCCACAUUCCAAAACGAUCUAAUGCCUGCCUGCUCGGUGGAUGAAAUCGUGGACGUGUGUGGACUUCUGGAGGAUAUCCCCUCGCCCGCUAGUUUCCUCUUGGAAAUUUUAUCAAAUAUGUAGAAUAAGCUUUUUCAAUUACUGAUUGUACUGUACAUUAGUUUCAAACAUAAACAGCAGAAUUGUC